AUGCCUACCCUUCAAAUAUAUUAUCUGUCUGACAGUCAGUCAAUGAAUGAACAAUUAAUCACACCGUCAACCAAUGGAUUUCCACCAACAGACAUCCUGACUUCCAUUUCCAUGAGUGCCAUCGCCACGAAUGGCCUGGUACCUGCAGGAGGCUCUUACUUCAUGAUCUCACGGGCCCUUGGGCCGGAGUUUGGAGCAGCCGUUGGCUUGCUAUUCUACUUAGCUAACACAGUAGCCUCGUCCAUGUACGUCACCGGAGCCAUAGAAAUUCUUCUGAAAUACAUCGCCCCCGAGAUGUCGCUUUUCGGCGACGUAAAUGAUCCCGUCAGCUCAGCCAACAACUUCCGAGUCUAUGGGACAGCGUUGUUGAUUAUCAAGUCUAUUUUGGUUUUGAUUGGUGUUAGGGUGGUACAGAGGGUCGCGCCGAUAUCUCUGUUCUGUGUCAUAAUCUCUAUAAUUGCCAUAUGCGGGAUAUUCUCAGCUAAUCCUGACAGAAGUGUCAAAGUUUGCAUGCUUGGUGACCGGCUCCUCACCACGGCGUCUAUCACGCAAGAUGGCGCUGUGAUAUGUGACAACAACGAAACCGGCCCUAUUUACCGACACUACUGUCAAGACGCUAAUAUGACGUCGUGUGAGGCCUAUUUCCUGGACAACACUGUCCAAUGGGUGGACGGCAUUCCCGGAUUAGGGAGUGGUGUUUUUCUGGAUAAUUUGUAUCACAAAUACAGUAAAGUCGGUGACAUUCCCGGAACUGACGUGGCUGCUGAGAGAGGCCGUGGUGACAUCAUGGCUGACGUCACCACAUCGUUCAUCGUUUUGCUCGCCAUUUACUUCCCGUCGGUCACAGGGCUAUUGACCGGAUCCAACCUUUCCGGUGAUUUAGCCGACCCACAGCGUUCCAUACCAAUAGGGACAAUAGGCGCUGUGGUCAUCACAUCUCUUGUUUAUAUGUCAUUUGUUGUGUUUUUCGGGGCCACUAUUAGAGGAGAGGUGUUAAGGGACAAGUUUGGAGAGAGCGUGGGUGGGGACAUGAUCAUUGGCCGUUUAGCUUGGCCUACACCAUGGGUCAUCACAAUAGGAUCCUUCCAGUCAACCAUCGGGGCGGGAUUACAAAGUCUUAUCAGUGCGCCUCGCCUGCUGAACGCUAUCGCCAGGGACGAUCUCAUCCCGUGCCUAGGAGUUUUUAAGAAGUUACGACCAAACGGGGAGCCGAUAUGGGCCACACUGCUAACCAUAGCUAUAUGCGAGAUCGGUGUCCUGGUGGCAAAUCUCGAUUACAUCACACCAGUCAUUACCAUAUUUUUCCUGAUGUGUUACGCUUUUGUGAAUUUGGCGUGUGCCCUGCAGACAUUGCUACGUAGUCCUGGUUGGAGACCCAGGUUCCGAUUCUAUCAUUGGACUCUCUCCUUACUCGGCAUGUCUCUCUGUGUGGCACUGAUGUACAUAUCUAGCUGGUAUUACACACUGGCAGCGUGGGGCGUGGCUUUCGGCAUCUAUAAGUACAUCCAGUUCUAUGGACCUGACGACGACUGGGGAGAUGCCAUGAGUACCCUAUCCAUGACCACGGCACGCUACACGCUCCUACGGCUUCCCAAAGACCCUUUACAUACCAAGAACUGGCGUCCACAUUUACUGAUUUUACUGAAACUGGAUUCUGAGAAUAACCCCAAAUAUCCAAACCUGCUGGGCUUAGCGAAUCAUCUGAAAGCCGGAAGCGGGGUAACGAUGGUAGGUAGCGCUAUCGACGGAGACGCACUUGACCAGGUUACAAUGGACAGCGCCGUGAACACAAAGGAGCAUCUCUCGAAGGUUUUAGCAAAAGCCGGUAUUAAGGGCUUUGUGGAUGUAGUCGUGUCAGAUAGCAUAGUAUCGGGAAUAAAUGCCAUUGUACAAACCUCGGGACUAGGUGGACUCCGCCACAAUACAGUGAUGUUAGGCUGGCCGUAUGGCUGGCGGGAAAACCAAGGACACGGCAGGCACGUGUUCAUAGAGACGAUUAAGUGUGUUCGUGCCAACAAGUUGUGCCUUCUUGUCCUGAAAGGAUGUGACCUUUACCCAGAGGUCAACAAAAGAUUAACCGGAACAAUCGACAUUUGGUGGAUUUACCAUGAUGGAGGUCUUCUGCUGUUGAUGCCGUUUCUCCUGAAAAGGCACAAAGUCUGGAUGAAAUGCAAGCUGAGGAUUUUUUGUGUGGCUCGAGCCACUGAUAAUAGCAUACAAAUGAAGAAAGAUUUAGAGAAGUAUUUGUACCAACUGAGAAUAAACGCAACAGUCCAUGUUGUCGAGAUGGAAAGCCGAGCCAUAUCCGCGUACACCUAUGAGAGGACCUUGCGGAUGGAGGACCGGGUGGGAAUUCUCACACAGAUUCGACGUGAUUCGACUCAUAAACCACUCGCUGCAGAUGACGACGAGGCCACCUAUACGUAUACUGGUGACAGCAAUGGCGACAGGAACACAAAGAGAAAGAUAAAUCAUAAAAAUGUUCGUCGGAUGCACACGGCUGUAGAACUGAACAAAACCGUGCUGGAGAAUUCCAAGAACGCCAACCUUGUGGUUAUAAAUCUACCGAAUCUGCCAAAACACAAGGAAGGUGAAAAAUGUUACAUGGAGUACCUGGCGGCACUGACAGAGAAUCUGGGACUAGUGUUAAUGGUACAGGGUAGCGGCAAAGAAGUGGUUACCAUUUAUUCCUAAUUGGAGUUGAAUAAUUCAAGAAGACAAGGAUUCUUCUGUGAAGAAGACAAUUAAAUUCUGUAGAAAUUAAAAUGUUAAGAUGUGAAGGCACUUUGUUUGAUGGGAAGUUAAGUGGUAGACUGACAUUUUCUCUCUCGCAUAUAGUUGCACAGAAACCACAAAUUUGAUCUUAUCUUCGUGUUUUUAAUCUGUGGAACACUACAAAUGUUUAGUAAAACAUCACUACUUGAAAGUGUGGUGCACUGCUUUUUCCCUUCAACACUUUUUUGAAAUUUAUAUUUCGAAUAUUAUGCGAUAUAAAGCUACCGGACAAAUUAAUGGAGAAAUUGUCCCGCCUAAGGUAAUAUGGACCUAAGCUAUGCUAAGUAUAGGUCAAUCCAGCCUUUUGCGAUGACAUUUUGUAAGCAAACUGGUUCCUGGUUCAUUGCAAAAAAACAUUGGUUAAUUCAUCUUGGAGUCGAGUCCCCUCUGUGCCGGAAACGAAACCCCAUUCUCUGAGCCGCUUGUUUGGAUUCCUUCUUUCACGAUGGAUGUAUUAAUUAAAAUCGCAUUGGUGUUUCGUACAAUUACUCUUCUAGCUCUGAAAAUAGUACGUUAUCUUUUGUUACUUUCUAGCCGCUCGUCAGCUGACAUUUGGAUCAGUAUAUGUAUAAGAAGUAAGGACAGUGGCGGUUUGAUUUGUCUUGUGUAAAGACCAAUAUUUAAUCGUGUGUUGUACAUGUGAUAUUUUAUGAAGUUAUAUUUUUUCUUCAACCCAAACACAAUUUUUGAUGAACGAUGUUCUCUAUUUGUAUCAGAGAUGUGUACAUAUGAGCAAAAAAUAAAAUUGUAAA